CCCUAGUAGCUACCCCGCAGCGGUCUCCUCACCAACCCCAGGUUUAAAUGUUGGCACAAGAUGGAGAAGUGCAACGUUGACUCGCGAUUAUUCCGACUAUUCCAUUGUAUUUUGUAGGAUUCGACCUGGAUAACCCCGGAACAUCAGCAGGAACUGUUUACCCUCCUUGUUAAUAUGAAUUCAUCCUACGAAUUGAAUCACUUGCCCUGUCCCGAGGCACUUUCUUAGAUCAAAACUAACCAUUGACCGCUUACCCUAUGUAAGAAAGAACUGGGGAGGCUCGUUCCACCGCAUCGGCACCACCCAGGUAGACUUACCUAGUAGGCCUGAGUUGAGAGGACUAUUUAAGAUGAAUGAAUCCCACGAGAGCGCGUUCCUUCUAGGAACCCCUCCUCUUGUUGUUUACUUAGCCUAGACGUCAGUUUCAUUAUCUAGAGUAAGAUAGACGGACAACUCACUAUAGUCCACAACGUCAAGAUGAAGGGUCCUUUAUUCUCCCGUCUAGCCACUUUGGCUUCGUGCUUGGGCGCAGUUACUGCCCAAGUCUUCGACCAGAAUAAAGGAAGCUCCCCAAGUUGGGACCCAGCCGCUGUCGGUACGAAUAAAACGACUAACGCGACAUUCUCAAAUCCUGUCAUGACAUUAAAUAUCGGGGACCCAUUCAUGACUAAAUACACUGCCGAUGGCGAGGAUUGGUACCUGUUCACUUACUCGACGAAUACCAACGUCACCCUUAGACGAUCGAGAUACCUAACAGAUAAUUGGGAUAAUGCGGAAAGUCGAGUUGUUUUUAACCCUAAUGCCACAAGCGGCGAUCCCUGGUCGACAAGUUUAUGGGCUCCUGAGAUACAUAACAUUUCUGGUUCAUGGUAUAUCAUUUUCACUGCCACAUCAGAUGGGGAUAACCCACCCCCACUAUUAGACGCUAUGUGCCCGAUUAAUUGUCCCGCGAUCAACCACCGAAUGUUCGUCCUAGCAGGGGACGGACCUGAUCCCUGGACCGCCAACUUCGAAUUGAAGCCCAUGCUUGACACAUACGACAUGUUCGCAAUUGACGGAACAUAUUUCCAAUUCGAAGACAAAUUAUACCACAUCUACUCAUGCUGGGAGCAAAAAUACUCAUCAUGGCCGGCCAAUUUGUGCAUUACCAAAUUAUCGGACCCGUGGACAGUUAGCUCAACAUUUGCCGAGCGUCGCAUCAUCAGCAUACCGAACGAGCCCUGGGAACAAGUGCCAUACGGACGACCAAUUCGAUUAGCAACGAAUGAGGGCCCGCAGCAGCUCACGAACCCGAAGACAGGGCAGAACUUCGUUAUUUACUCAGCAGCACGCGUUAACACGCCGUACUACUGCCUGGGCAUGUUAGAGCUCGUCGGAAAUGAUCCGAUGGAAUAUCAAUCUUGGAAGAAGCAUACAGCCGGAUGCGUGUUCCACCAAAACACAGUAGCCGGCGUAUACGGAACCGGUCAUGCCAGUUUCGUCUCGUCACCGGAUGGUUCCGAGGAUUAUAUCGUGUACCACGCGCAAACAACGCCGAACCCCGCCGCGGACUUGUACCGUACAGCCCGCAUACAGAAGUUUACUUGGAACGAUGACGGAACGCCGAAUUUCCCACUCGCGGAGAAUGGGCCUUUUAAUGUCCCGGCUGGACAACAAGCCUUGGUCAAGAAAUAGAAGUUUUAAAUAGAACUAGAGCAUAUAUAUUUUGCAUAAUAC